UAUUGCUUAUAUACAUAUGCAUGUAGAUAAUGGGAAGGAGACCGUGCUGUGAUAACAUCGGGCUAAACAAAGGGGCAUGGACUGCUGAAGAGGACAAGAAGCUCGUCAACUUCGUUCUUACCAAUUACAAGUGCUCCUGGAGAGAUGUUCCUAAACAUGCAGGACUACUAAGGUGCGGGAAGAGCUGCAGGCUGAGAUGGGUAAAUUAUCUAAGACCAGAUUUGAAGAGGGGCCUUUUAACGCAACACGAAGAGAAGCUUGUUAUUGACCUCCAUUCUCAAUUUGGUAACAAAUGGUCAAAGAUUGCUUCACAUAUGCCCGGGAGAACUGAUAAUGAAAUCAAGAAUUUGUGGAAUACCCACAUCAAGAAAAAAUUAAGCAAGAUGGGAAUUGAUCCUCUUACUCACAAGCCACUAAAUGCUUAUCCUCCUCCGGAUAAUCAUCACAAACACUACCAAUCCCAAGAAGCAGAACUACCAAAUGGAGAAGAAACACAAGAGCAUCAUAAAGAUCAAGAAGAUGAGAUUUCGUUAAAUUUAGAGGAGUCGACCAUCACUCACACUGAUGAUCAACUGGCUAAAGAGCAAGAGUUAAUGGACACCAACAAUGGUUUUUUACAGCAAGUCCCGAUGAAUAAUGAACCUGAUGAAAACAAUGAUAAUGCCUUUUCUAUAUAUGAAGUCCCAAUUAUUGAACCCUACGAACCUGAUGAAAACAAUGAUAAUGCCUUUUCUAUAUAUGAAAUCCCAAUUAUUGAACCCUAUAAAAACACCGAAGAUGGCUUUUCUACACAUGAAGUCAUGUUAAGUGAAUCCAAUGAAAACACUAAUAAUGACUUUUCUACACAUGAAGUCCCAUUGAUAAAAUCCAAUGAUAACAUUGACGAAUGUUUUUUUUCAGAUGCAGUUCCGUCGAUUGAACUCGAGGAACCCGAUGAAAACACGAACAAUAACUUUUUUAUACAUGAAUUCCAGUCUAUUGAACCCGAAGAAACUCUCCGGCCUGAUUUAUCAUCAUCUUGUUCUUCAACUACUUGUUCUAAUACAAAUGCAUCAACUACAAUUUCUAUUCUUGAGGAUUUGAAGUCUUUGCAAUCUUUUGAAGAUUGGCAGAGUGGUGGUCAUAAAAAACUUUACAUUGAAAACUCGGGUGUCACCUGUGAGGAUGAUUUCAGUGAUUGGAAUUGGUUGAUUAAUGAUUUUGAUAUUGACACAAUUGAUUUUGAACUUAUUAGAUCUCUUCCCGACCCUGUGUCUCUCAAGAAUAGUCUUGGAUGA